GAAACUGAUUGAACCGGUUUAACCGACUAACCCUAGCCCCAUCUCCGCAAAACUCACUAACUCGGUGAGUCCCACUCAGUUAUCGGUCGUGGAAUCUUUCAUCAAAAACUGUAUUCUCUAAAUCAAAAUCUCACGCCUCCACCACUCAAAUCAAAGACCUACACUGUUAUUGUAUCAUAUUCUCUAUCGAUUUCAGGUAUUGCUGUACAAAUCCUGAUCAUAAAACUGUUAUUGUCGACGACUCAGUUCUCCUUACGUCGCCAAUCUCACCAUAUUCAAUCAAUAAAGGCUCUAUGUUCUUCGGCUUCUAGACUCAAACUUGAGUUCAUAUUCAAUCUGACUUGAUUUCAAUUCGUAAGAGCGUACAAAAGGAUGACAGUGUUAAAGAGAUACGUAUUGAGGCUAUUCAUGUCAUUAAAAUACAUAACAGCGAAUGUAGUGGACAGAAACAAUGGGCGGAUAGUUGCAACGGCUUCAACAGUUGAACAUUCUAUAAAGAACUCGCUUGAGUGUGGUCGAACCUGUAACGCAAAGGCUGCAACCGUUGUGGGUGAGGUGUUGGCUAUGCGGCUCAAGGUUGAAGGUCUUGAAUCGGGCCAAGAAAGAGGGAUUCAUGUAGAUGUCAACAAAGAGCUCGAGAAAAAAGAUUUUAAAAACCGAACCAAAGUUUGGGCUGUUAUUAACUCUCUUAAGAACAAUGGAGUCAAGCUCAUUCUUGAUGAGAAUAAUGAUGCUUCUCACCCGGGUUAAAGCUAUUUGUUAUUAUUCACUUAGCUUGGUCUUAACCCACAUCGCCCAUUUGAUCUUUUGUUUGAUAGAUAUAAAUCUGGUGACACUAAGCUUGGUCAAAUUAUCAGAAUAAUUUGGGUAUUUUUAGUGUAGAUGAGAAAUAGAUAGUAAUAGAUUUGUUUUUAUUUUUGUGUAUUGAUUGAAACUGAUAUCAGAGUUGUUUUUAUUCAA